AUGUUGUUUGACGAUGAUGAAAUCAGCCUCGGCUAUGACACCAACGACCUUGAAGAUGAAGUUGGCUCUGAAGGGAGCCCUGCCGCACCCGAUGCUGAGAUGGGCGAAGCCGAUCGGCAGACGCCUGAAGAGGCUGAGGGAGGUGCAGAGGCGCCUGCUCAGGCCCCGGAGCCUGCUGGCCCUGCCAAGCAAGAGAAAUCGAAGGAGGAGAACAAGAAAGAGGAGUCUGCUGCGGAAGAGCGUGCACUGACAGUCUUCGGCAUCGGCGAGGUUGCUCCACUGGGCCUCACUAUGGUUGUGGAUGAGGCGGGUGUGAGAGCCGUUCAGAAGAGCGCAAAGUUGAAAGAAAUGCAUGAGAAGCCAGUGGAGGCAAAAAGGCGUCCGCUAGGGAAAGGUGGACCCACAAGUGCUAAGGAGCGGGCCAGCAAGAACAGCCGAUGUAUCCACAAAAAGGGAAAAAACGAUUUCAAGGUUCAGAUCAAGGGAGAAGAGGAGGGCACAUACAUCUCGAGGCACAGGGAUGCAAUCAUACCAGACCCUUGCCAGAUGGAUGACGAAGACUACAAGAAAGGCUUGACCCUGGCGGAGGGCUACCUUGAUGGAAGCCACAGAAAUCAGCUGAAUGCCUACCCAAGCCAAGUGAGGGCGGAGGCACUCAAGGCCUUCAGCAAGUCCAACCUUGAGCCUGUUUGGAACGUGGGCUCCUUCUUUUUGGAGUUGUGCCGGCGGAAGGAACAGGAGGUCAAGGCGCCUGAGGGUGAGAAGGAGGUGCGGCUGGACCAUGUGUACACCCUGGGGUGCAAGAGAGUGAAGGGCAUUGUGGACUUCAAGCGGAGGGAGAUGCUUAUGAAGGUGCCCAGGAACAGCAGGAGGGACGCCAUCCUUGGACUUGGGGCCAUCCCAUACCAGGCCAUAUGCACAGGGACCAGCCUCUGGUUUGACGACCUCCUCAGGGAGUUGGCUCCACAGCUGAUGCGCAAGUUUCCUGUGAAGUACGUCAAGCAUGCUGCCAAGAAGCCCACAGCCAAGCAGGAGCGGGGUGGCAGUGGUGUGCGGGCUGAUGCCAACACGAUCGUCAGCCCCAAGGCGCAGCAACCCUGCAAGGAAGGCAAGACAGCUGAGAAGAGAGAAAAGCCAGCAAGCAGCAGCAAAGCGAAGGACCUGAGGAGCCCAAGCACAAAGGAUGAGAGGAGCAGGCUGCCGAAAAUGAGUGCAGUUGGCAGGGACAG